AGAAACCGUUCAAUCUGUAUUCAACGUCUAAAAAUAAUCAAUCCAAGCCACAUCGACCUUUUUUUUUCUUUCUUUCUUUGUUCUCUUAAUCGUUUGUGUUUCCGUCGUAACUAUUACUGAUACCUCCUCUCGUCUACCUCUUUCCAGUCUUUUCCAUCUUGCCUACAGUUCUAGAUUGUUACCGCCCAAAUCGACGUCAUCCGCCGCCUGGUCCUCUCAACAGGGUCACCAAUUCCUCCGACCUUUGUUGGUCCCAUAUCAUAUUGUUCGCCAAGCUGACCGACCCUGGUCGACGCUACGAUCCCAUUAAUUCAUAUUUCGACUGCAGCAACAGCAGUUCUCUUGGGCUGCACCUACCGGCGCGUGUGCGCCUUCAGAAAAUCAUGGCCAGCAACUCAGAUGCCGCCACCGUGACGCUCGACAUCGUGUCGCCGUCCGUCGGUGUGCCCACUCCGCUCACUUUUCCGGACCUACCGGCGCAUACAACCAUUGCCCAGCUACAGGACAAGAUCCGCAUGAACUUAACGCUACCAAACCGCGAUGCUGUUGCCAUGAGGUUGAUCUAUCAUGGCCGGAUGCUGGCCCAGCCCGACAUGAAAUUGUCAGAUGCUUUUGGAGCAGAUGCUUUUCACACUGAUAACCGCCGCGUCUUACACGUCGUCCUGAUGGUACCUGCAGGAACGGAACCGUCACCGACAACGACAUCUACCACUCAGCCCUUGGCCACCACCGCCCGCGAAAUUAUUGCACAGAACCAGCGAGAGCGAGCAGCCCGCAAUAGCCUCGGUAUGCAAGAUCAGCCCGCUCAGAUACCUACGGUCUCACAACCAGCAGAACCAGCCUCGAUGACGAGUGCGGGUAGCGCCACACAGUAUACAACAUCCAACAUUGCCAGCGUCCCUUUUUCAACCGGGCAAGCAUCCGGCAUCUCCAGUGAUGCGUUGUGGGCCGAAACUGCCCAAAACAUGGCGGAGAUCCGGGCUAGGGAACAAGCAACUAGGUUCCUAGAACAGCUGCAAGCAACCCGAGCCCGGCAGGAACUGAUCAACCAGCUCAGCUCGCAGCUCCACAGCAACGCUGAACAGCUGCAAGCAGCCCGGAUGAUCAGCCAGCUUAGCUCGCAGAACCCGGCGGUCCCAAUUACACACAAUCAAGUGUCACAGCAAGCCUCCAGCCAGCAGAGUGGCGCUAUUCAAGCAUCUUCACCUGAAGUGUAUAUUUUGAACUCUCCGGAGGGCCCAUAUGCUGUUCUUCUCAAUAACGGUGGCGUUUACACCUCGUUAUCAGCGGGACAGCCUUUGGGCUCUAACACAGGGACAAGCUCGGUUGAGAUGCCGGCGGAAUCCCUUCCAAACCCAUUCACGACCCACUUCCCGGUCGGUGGUAUCCAGCCUGCCAACAGUCAGCCAGUCGCAACGAACGACAUCAGAGCAACGGAAGACACCGAUUUUGUGGAACGGUGGCGGCAAGACGGUCAACGACGGCAAUUUGAGCUUAGGCAACGAUACGUGCAGCUCAGACAGCAGCAUGAGCGAGUACAGGAGCAACUGGCCUUGCGGCACAUGCAGGAUGCUCGUCGAGUGCUUCCUUGGGCACGCCAUCCUAACCCUCAAGGAGCAGGGGCUAUUUUCCAGGCCGUAUGGCCCCAUCUAUGGCUGGUAAUACGUUUAGUGCUGCUGAUGUUAUGGUUUACAAGCGGCUUGGGUUGGUCAUGGACGCGCUGGUGUGCUGUCGUCGCGGUUCUUCUGGCUAUCAUUGUCAUCAACUCUGGCUUGCUCAACGGUCGACUAGAGAAUGUGUGGCAGCCGGUUCGGCAGCAUUUGGAACGCCUUCUCCCACUAGCUGACCAAGCACAGGCAAACGCGGCAGGAGGUGCGGUUCCACCAGCUGCAGCACCCGGUGAUUUAAACAAUCGCCAAGAUCAAACGGCUCCUAUUGGGGAUCGACAGAACGCACGUGCUCAACCAGAUCCCCGGGAGGCUGCUGAGAGAAUGGUGGCCGCUCGAAGGGAGGCAAACGCCAACUGGCUCCUUAACCAGGUUCGGCGGGUCGAGCGCGCUGGUCUUCUAUUUCUUGCCAGUAUCGCCCCUGGCGUCGCGGAGCGUCAUAUUGCGCACAUUGAAGCGGAAGCCAGGGCCGAACGGCAAAGGCGUGAAGCUGCUGAGGCAGAGGCCGCCGCCGCUGCCGCUGCUGCUGCCGCUGCUGCUGCGGAAAACGCAAGCAGUACGGAAGGGGGAGACCAAGCGUCAGAUAAGCCCUUGGCACCCACGAAUGGGAUAUCUGCUACAGCUACUGGAGAUGAAGUUGAAGAGCAGGGUGGAAGGCAGGAACUGCCCAACGCCGACAUUCAAGGCGAAGUCGCUGCACAACAGACGCAAUGCGCUUAGCUUACGCAUCAAACUAUGAUUGCGAUCCCCCAUGCAGGAAUGAUCUUAAAUCUGGUGGAGGCCUAGGCAGACUAUCCUACUGAGUAUCAAAAUCUUGUGUACAGUGGACGCCCAAUUUUGACUGGUGUUACAUUGCAGGGAUGCAUAGCUACUGGCGAGGGUUUCAGUACCAGAUACUCAUAUGCUGCACAUAAUGGAGGUGGUGCAACUAGGACAAAAUGUCCCGCGCCGAGACGGUUCCAUCCGUAUACAAGAAGACCACUUGUAGAAUCUACACCCACCUUGCCCUGCCGUGCUAGUGACAGCAACAUAUCGAUGGGGAGUUGCUUUUAUCCCGAUCCAGACAACCAUUACAGGCUUCAGGGGAGGCCGACAACUGAGUGCGGCAGCCUCAGCGAUGACGAGUCGAAAGAUUCAAGGUUGACAAAAAGACGAAAAAGACAAAAGGUAAAGCAGUCCUUCACAAGGGUGUACAGCAUCAGCGAGGCCAGAUGGACGUUGGGUGCUGGUUGUCGGACCUCUCGUGACGUAACCAGCAAUCCAGAGUUUGAGAGGCGAGAGCUAGCCCGCCCUAUGGGACAAGUUCAAGCAAUCCUCGAUAACAUUCAGCAGUGGUCAACACCCGUCAACAUGUUGUACCGAUCUGUUGGUGUUUCGACAGACAUCGGCUCGUCUGGUGUAGACUCUUCAGACGCUGAGGAUUCGGUCACGACUUCGGAGGCGGAUAACCAUCCGGUCAGACCUCCCUUGGCAGGAGACUCUGCAAUUCGCCCUUCAGAAACUGGACUACCAGUUAAACUGACUGAAGACUUGGACAACGAUGACAUUGAGACUGAUUUGAUCUUUUCCGAUUGGUUGAACUAUCCAGAAGGCGAAGCGGACGGCAACUAGGACUAAGGAGACUAGCCAGUUAAGAGGCUUCAGAGCAUAGACGGAGUACUCAGCAUUGAAUUUUUAUAGCGUCAAUGUCUUUCUUGUUAGAGAUUUACUAGUAUUUGUUCGGCAGUUUAUUGCCUUGAGCAUUGAGCGAGUUUUCAAUGAAGCAAUUGCAGAUGUUUGUCAUUCAUACCAAACAAGUUC